AUGGGUGCUGAGAAAAAUGCAGAUUUAAGCAGAAUCUUAGGUAAUAUAUACAUUGGAGGCAUCCAGCCGAUUUCCGAGCAUGUUCCGCUAAAUGCUGAAUACGGCAUUACGCAUAUCCUAUCUGUGAUCAAAUUCCAGGUUAUCCCAGAGUACCUGGUGCGGAAAAACUAUACUCUGAAGAAUAUUGGGAUAGACGACGACGACUCUACUGAUAUCCUGCGCUACAUCAACGAGAGUAAUAAGUUUUUGGACCAAUGUCUGUUUCCAAACGAAAGAGAAUAUGAUCCAGCAAAGGUUGAUUUCAAGCGCAAGCCUCAAACUGGUGCUGCAUUCAUCCACUGUCAGGCAGGUGUCUCGAGAUCUGCGGCUUUUGUCAUUGCCUAUCUCAUGUACCGAUACGGUUUAGUUUUAAAGACCGCUCUUCAUGCAGUACGCAGAAAGAGACCAUCAGCUUAUCCGAAUGAGAAUUUCAUGGAACAGCUGGCCAUUUACGAAGCAAUGGGCUCGAAUGUUGUGGAUGACGACUUUCCGCAGUAUAAGCAAUGGAAGCUGGCAAACUCUGUCAAAUCAGAUCCAACUGGAACAGAAAUACUAUCAAAAGAUGAUACUUUCAAGAGCGAGGAGGAGGACCUAAAAGAUAUGUCCCCGGAGAGCCUAGAGAAUGUGACUGUAGCGAGAUGCAAAAAAUGCCGACAGCGAUUGGCACUGUCAACCUCUUUUAUCAAUCACGAGCCGCCAAGUAAGGAAUCUCUAGAAGGACAUUUUAUCAGACGCGCAGCGGGAUCCAGAAGAAUCAUCGGCAUUGAAGAGUCGCAGAACAUCUGCUCACACUACUUCGUUGAACCGCUCAACUGGAUGAAAGAGGAACUUCAAGGGAAACAAGAGUUAGAAGGUAAGUUCUUUUGUCCCGGUUGCAACAGCAAAGUUGGAGGGUACAAUUGGAAGGGAUCAAGAUGCAGCUGCGGCAAGUGGGUCGUCCCAGCCAUUCAUCUGCGAAGCAAUAAGGUGGACAAACUACCGCUUUCAAGCCAGGUUCUGUCAAACCAAUCCAAGUUUGUUCCCAGUACUUAG